AUGGCCCACAAAACCAAAAAGCCUUCCAACAACGACCGUAUCUACCGUUCACUUCCUCUUGACUUCAUCUUGACUCCCUCUUCGAAAUGUCUUCUCGUUACGCCAAUCAGAAACAGGCUUGCGACCGCGCCCAACACCUCCCCUAGCGAGGCCGAUCGCCGCAAGAUGCAAGACCUCGAGCUAGCUUUGGCCAAGACCAAGCGUGAACUAGAGGUCUUUUGUAUGGAGACGAACCAGACCUCCUCCCUUCUUCCUGUCGAGGACGCUACCCAAGACAACGUACCAGAAUAUCCCGACCCCGAACAUGAUACCGACUGUCAACAUUAUGGCAGCCCCUAUGAGUCAGAACCAGUUGCUCAAAGAGAGCACCGAAACAACAUCCGCGCAGGCGCUUCCUGUGUGAUCACCCGCGUCCUGAAUGCCGCUCUUCAACUCCAGACGCGUUACACGAGCACCACCACCGGUAGCAGCAACCACGGGGAGUGGUACGUAGGGAGCCCUGAGGGAGGGUUCAUGGGUGCUCAAAUCAGUGGCUCCAUUGAAGUGCUGGCAGACCGUGUUCGAGAGGACUGGGGCUGCAAGAGAACAUUCUUCAAGGUGUUCGCCGAUCGCCCAGAGGAGUUUAAUCAUGUUUUAAUGAACCACACCCAGAUGCGAAAAAUCUACAACUCGGGCUAUGGCGUGAAUACGGGCAAGCCGGCGCUCUGA